CGCAUUUUUCUGUUUGGCAAACGAGGUUGGUUUGCGGUGUUAAGUGCGAAAUUUUGCAAUAAAUUGCAGUUUUCUACUGAGAAAAGUGUUUUAAUUCCCGAACAAAGUCUGAAUUGGAGUGCGAGACGGUGUUUUUAACUGGAAAACGUUCAGCUGACAUUUGCUUGUGCAUCUGCGUUUGCUUUGAUUGCUGUAUUUGUUUAAAAAAACAUGGGCAAAUCAAAGGAUAACAACAAGGUAUCGGAUGAAUCUAGCGAAGAGGAGGAGUAUGUGGUGGAAAAAAUCGUCGAUCGUCGAGAGCGUAAGGGGAAGAUUGAGUAUCUGUUGAAGUGGAAGGGUUAUGACUCGUCGGCCAACACUUGGGAACCGAAGGAAAAUUUGGAGUGCCCUGACUUGAUUAAAGCAUUCGAGGAUACUCGAACUGAUGCCAAGAAGGAUGUUAAGGAGAAGGAGAAGACAAAGGAAAAGAAGAAACCCAGUAGCUCAAAGCCAUCUAGUGGCGGAUCGAAGAAAAAGAACGAUUCUGAUGCGGAAAAUGAUGGUUCGGAUGACGACGACAAGGACGACUCCGCUUCGACUAAAUCAAACAAAUCGAAGAGUGCAGCAGCCGAUAAUGAUGCAUCCGCCAGUGAUGACGGUAUGAACGGGUUCGAGAAAGGAUACAUUCCGGAGAAAAUUCUAGGUGCCACCGAAGCCAACAGUGAGUUGCUGUUUUUGAUCCAAUGGAAGGACAAAGACAAGGCACAGCUGGUUUCGUCGAAGGAAGCACGCAAACACUGUCCACAACUGGUCAUAGACUUCUACGAGGAACGUCUCAUCUGGCAAUCGGCUGACUCUGCAGAAUAAGCCCCCGACUCAUUCUACCCCGUUUACUCGCAGAAAACAUUGAGCGGAAACGAAAGCUUUCCUGGCAAACUGUAAGUUAAGAAUGUUUGUUUUAAGUACGCCAACAAUUUAAAGAUAAAACUCGGAAGCCCUGUGUAUGUUUAAAUAGUAAGGUUUUGUUUAUUUCCACCACACUUGACCGCAAAUGAAUUGUACUGCUAUAUAAAUAGUUCAGAAAUCCAAAUUCGAUUCUUGUUUGACAACAUCCAGCUUUACGUCAAAACGCUAAAACGUGGUAGGACAAAACAAUUAUACAAUUAUACAUUUUCUCUAACUUUAGACGAAGAUAAUUAUCAAUAAAUAUAAAACAAAACAAAAAAAGAUUUUG